AUGCCUCCCGCAACACCCGCAAACGAUGAGUCGCACCAGCUUCUCCUGAAUCAAAUGGACAUUGCCAAUGCUCCCAAGCCAUUUCGAAAUCCGAACUGGAGACCAUCGCAGCGCCGCAACAAGAACGUGAAGCAGAUCGUCUCUGAGACCACGCGAAAAGAAGCAUCCGUCAUGGCUACCCAGGCCAACUCUGGCGCAACCACACCCUACCCGGCCACCUCUGGCGCCAUAACUACAGACGGAUCCCAGACUCCUGCCGAGGGAGCCGGUAAAGCACCCAAUCUGGCACAGGCCACUCAGAACCUGUCUACAAUGGUACUAGAGAAGAACGCCCGCGCCACGUUCCCUUCCGGUCCGACAGUCACCUACACCAAUAUUGAGUCCGCGCCUUCGCUAAAUCCAUCCUAUCAUCGCAAUUACUGCGAUCUUACCGGUCUCUCGGGCCCCUACACCGACCCGAAGACCCGCCUGCGAUACCACAACAGGGAAAUCUUCGGCGUCAUCCGCACCCUAGCCCAGGGCGUGCCAGAAAGCUACCUCGAAGCGCGCGGAGCGCAUACAAUCCUGAAGUAA